CAUCGUGAUAGGCCCGGUAAUUGAAAGUGUGGGAAGAGAGGGAGAGCGUCUAAGUAUAAGCUAGUCAGAGCGAGCGAAAUCUAAUGCGCGCUGACUUCGAAUCCUAUAAAAAUCGUUGCAUAGUAUAUAGGCACUCCAAGUCGUAGACUUCACUGCUGAAAGCAUCAAGCAGGAAUUGGGAACUAUGUUUUUUAACUACUUGAAGAAUAGGCAAAAAUCGAUCAGUCGUGUUAAUCUUGGGAGUGCUGGAAUUCUGUUGCAACUGUUUAAAAACAGGUGAACAAUAACUAUCGCCGAUAAAUGUUCAAGUCGGUAAUUCUCAUUGGAGGGCCCCAAAAGGGGACCCGCUUCCGUCCGCUGUCCUUUGAUAUGCCAAAACCACUUUUCCCUGUUGCAGGCUUUCCCGUGCUUCAGCAUCUCAUUGAAGCCUGUUGUGCGGUUCCAGUCAUGAAGGAGAUCCUGCUGCUUGGAUUCUAUCCGGUUGAUCAGAUUUCGCUGUUUGUGGAAUCGAUGUCAAAGCAGUAUAACCUUUCGAUAAGAUACCUACAGGAGUUUAGCCCACUGGGAACAGCGGGAGGCAUCUAUAAUUUCCGGGAUCAAAUAAUGUCAGGCGACCCUGAUGCCUUUCUAUUAAUCAAUGGUGAUGUUUGUGGCGACUUCCCUCUUAAAAGCCUUGUGGAGUUUCAUCUUACUCGUCCUAAAACAAAUUUGAUUACCGUUUUGGGUACAGAAGCGACUCGAUCGCAAAGUGUGAACUAUGGCUGCAUCGCUGCCCAACAAGAUACUGGCGAAAUUCUUCACUAUGUUGAAAAGCCUUCGAUUUUUGUGAGCAGCACUAUUAACUGCGGAGUUUAUGUAUGCUCAGCAGAUAUCUUCCUUUAUCUCGGAGAGGUGUACAAGAGUAAACGGGCGGCACCCAGAUACGCCCGUAGGACAGGUGAAGACUCGGAGACCAUAUCACUUGAGUUUGACGUUCUCACGAAAUUAGCUGGCAGUUCGAGAACGUGUCAUGUUUUCAAGACCGAACGCUUUUGGACACAGAUUAAAACAGCAGGCUCAGCCAUUUAUGCAAAUAGACACUAUCUCGAAAUGUACAACAACCGCAAGGAUGAGAGACUGACGCUCCAGACGCCAAACGGCCCCAAAAUUAUUGGCGAUGUUUAUAUUCAUCCAACGGCCAACGUUCAUUCAAGUGCUGUAAUUGGACCAAAUGUAUCAGUCAGCCAGGGGGUUACUGUGGGACGUGGAGUUCGUUUAUGCGAGAGUAUAAUCCUCGGGAACACUGUGAUAGGAGAUCAUAGCCUUGUAAAGAAUAGCAUAAUCGGCUGGAACUCCGCUAUCGGAUCUUGGGCCAGGGUUGAGGGGACAGCGUGCGAUCCUAACCCAAAUAAGGCCUUCUCGAAAAUGGACAACGUGCCAUUGUUUAACAAUGAUGGCAGACUCAACCCAUCUAUAACGGUUCUGGGAUGCAAUGUUUCCGUGCGCUCAGAAGUGGUCAUAAUCAACUCGAUUGUGCUACCCCAUAAGGACCUCAGCCAAUCAUAUAAGAAUGAGAUUAUCCUUUGAGAAAGGCGAAGUAAAUAACGAAUGUUUUACUUCGG